UAGGCAAGAGGAUGACCCACGGAUGGCUUUUUUGCAGAGCUUAAGUUUAUUGUUUUUUGGUAUAAAAGAAGAUAAAUGGGAAAAAUUUUCUGGAUCAGAAGAAAACAGGCGAAUAGUGAUGGACUUCUUUGGUACGGAAGACUUAAUGAUUCUGGUAAUCUAUAUCAAUGCUACAGGACAAUUAACUGCAAACUUGGGAUUUCCUUCUUCAAUAAAAACCAAGGGAAUUUACUUUGUGAAAAAGAAGAUGCUUCGUAUCACAAAUGAUAACAUUAAAGAGGAACUAGUAAUUGGUGAUAUUAGUAAUUCACCAGUUGAACAAUUAUUAACAGUGAUUGAAGAGGUGGUGUGUCCACUUUUCACAAACACUGAUAAUAUGAUUAAAUGGCCUCAAGUUGUAUCAGAAGAUGUAGUGAAGCAUGCACAACAACUUAAAAAUGAUGUGUUUGUCGUUGGUGGACAACUGAAGGGGAAAGCACUCCUUGCUCUUCCAAAAAGUGCAGAUACUUUGGAAAAUUCAGAUGAGGAAUCAGAUGGCUCACCUGUUCAAGUGGAUAGUGCUGUUUUACAUGCUAUUGAAUCAGUAGUCAUUGAUUGGAUGCAUCAAGUGAAAGAUGUUUUAACCAAGGAUUCAGCACAAUCUUUGUUGGAUGGCUUAAACCCUCUACCUAGAGAAGAGAUUGAUUUCUGGGAUUUGCGGCUAAAGGAUCUAAAAUGCCUUAAUGAACAGUUGUGGAGGCCAAAGGUACGCAAAAUUUCUGAAGUUCUGGAAAAAUCAAGAAGCAGUUACUGGCCAGCUCUAAAAAUCCUUUAUGAUGAUAUUAGAGCAGGCCUGGAAGAGGCUAGCGAUAUUGUGUUGCAUCUGAUACCUCUGAAGUCUUUAAUAGAUGAUGUAAUACAAACAGAUUAUGAAGAGGUAUCUCCUUAUGUUGAUAUUAUAAUGCAUACUGUUUGUUUAGUGUGGGCCAAUUCUAAAUAUUACAACACCCCUGCCAGGAUCAUAGUUAUCUUACAAGAGAUUUUCAACCUCUUCAUUGAGAUGACCUGUACAUUUUUGAACCCAGAUGAGCUGAUGAAAGGGUUGCAGGGAGAAAUAGAAGAGGUGUUGGCAACAAUCAACAGGGCAAUAUCUGUCCUGCGGAAGCUUUAUGAGGCCUAUGAUUAUAACUGUUCAGGGAUGCACAAAUUCUUUAAGGAUAGAGAACCAAAAUACUGGGAGUUUCCUUCGCAUCUUGUCUUUGUAAGGUUGGACAGAUUUAUGCAUCGAUUAGAGACUAUAGAGGAGAUAUUUUCAACUACUGUUGAAUUCUUAAAGCUUGAAAAAAUUGAAGUAGGAGGAGCUAGAGGAAAUAUCCUUGGUCAAAUGGUACAAGAAAUCUACACAGAGUUUCUAGAAGUUGUUAACAUUUUUGCUGACAGCAAGUACAAUCCUUUGGAUCCAGAAGAGCAUAAUUUUGAAGAAGAUUAUAGAGUGUUUCAAAACACCAUUGAAGAUUUUGACAGAAGGUUGGGUAUGAUAAUAUCCCAGGGAUUUAAUGACUGCUCAAACAUUACAUCCGCUGUAAAGUUGUUGAACAUGUUUGGAUUUUUCAUUAAACGUCCACUGAUAAAAGAAGAAAUGUCUGAAAAAUACUCAAUCAUGAUUGACAUGGCUAACAGAGAUUUAGAUGAUAUCAAGUUAGUAUUUGAUACACACUUGAAUGCCAUUGCAGCAAGGGACAGUUUUCAUUUUAUCAACAAAAAUAUGCCGCUCGUAGCUGGUGAGCUGAAAUGGGCAUUGGAAGUUAGUGAGAGAAUGGAAGUGACAACGAAGAAUUUCAAAUCCUUUGACCAUUCUUAUAGGUCAGAUGAGGAGGCUAAACUUCUUUUAAGUAAAUAUGCAGAGAUGAAAUCCUUACUUCAGAAAUUCUGUGAGCAAGUUUAUGGUGAGUGGGUUAUGAAAGUGGACGAGGACUGCCAAUUUAAUUUGAAUCAGCCCAUUAUUAUUCGUAAUCCAACAACGGACCUUAUCAGCGUGAGCUUUAGCAAAAAGUUGGUUGCAGUUCUUCGAGAAGUUCGUUAUAUGAACAUGCAGGAGAGGGAAGACAUACCAGAGAGUGGAACUGAUGUCUUUUCAAUGAAUAAAACUUUCAGAAAUUUUGUUGACAAUUUGGAUCUUAUAGUUGGAUGGUAUAACAAGAUAAAACUUACAAUCCUUGAUGUUGAAUAUCCUUUGAUAAGAAAUGAAUUGGCUGAUAUAGAUUUUAAAUUGAUUAAAGCUGAAAGACAAUUGUAUUGGAAUAGCCAAGAUGUUUGGGAAUAUAUUCAGGAGAUGAGAAAUAUAUUGUAUGAUCUUGAGCACAGAAUUCAGAAAUCCAAAGACAAUAUAGAAAUGAUGCGUCUCAUGAUGUUGGAAUGGUCAGCAAACCCCUUGUUUGAAAGAGGAGGCAAUAAAAAAGAUUCAUACUUGGACCUUGAUGGACGACCACAAAUGUUAAACAAAAGAUAUGCAGUUGUUCGUGAUGAUGGAGUAAAACUUCAUGAUUUAUUGGAGGAAAACAGAAUUCUUUUCAAGGCAGAAGAAAAAUCUUCAAGCUGGGAAAAAUAUGUGAAUUAUGUAGACAAGAUGGUUGUAGAUGGCUUUCAUGCAGUGGUCUAUAAGUCUCUACGAUUUCUUCUCAGCAACAUGGAAAGUGAGGCUCAUAUUACACCACUGUUUGAAGUACAUCUCGAGCUUACAGAGUCCGAUAUUGAUUAUCGUCCAACUUUAGGAAUAGGCAGUGAAUUCUAUAUGCUCAUAGAAAAUUUGAUGAAUGAUAUCUAUAAACUUGUAGGCCUUGUGCCACGCUUAGCAAAACAUAGUUUCCGGAAGAAGUAUCAGAUAGAUCUGGAGGAGAUGACAGACUUGUCAGAAAUGCGAGAAGAAGUAAUGUCUCAGGUGAUAAAUGUUAUGAAGCAGGCUGAAGAGUAUGAGGACUCAUUUGAUGAUUAUUCAUAUUUGUGGGUGGAUGAUCGCAAUGAAUUUCUGGAAGAAUUUCUAAUAUAUGGGCGUGUGCUCACACAGGAGGAGAUAGAAUCCUAUGGUGAAGGAGGUGUUCCUCCAACUCCACCUACUCUUCAACAGUUUAAGGAUCAGAUUGACUCCUACGAGGUAUUAUAUGAAGAGGUAUUAAAGUUUGAGACUGUAAAGUUAAUAGCUCCCUGGUUUAAAAUUGAUUGCAGACCUUUCAGGCAGGCGCUUCUAAACCUCAUAAAACACUGGAGUCUUUUGUUCAAACAAUACCUUAUCGACCACGUAACCAACAGUUUGAAUACUUUGGAGGCUUUUAUCAAGGAGACAAAUGCUGAACUAUCAAAAACAGUGAAGGAAGGGGAUUUGAAGGCCCUAAUACAAGUUAUGGGAUACCUAAGAAAAGUAAAAGAGAGACAAGUGACCACAGAUAACAUGUUUGAACCUUUGAAGCAAACAAUUGAACUGUUGAAGACCUAUGAUGUGGAAAUGCCAGAGGAAGUUCACACACAGUUGCAUGAUCUUCCAGAACAAUGGAACAAUACAAAGAAAAUUUCUGUUAUUUGUAAGCAUGCUGUGUCACCUUUACAAGCCAAUGAAGUUAAUGUCAUUAGAAGGAAAUGCUUACGAUUUGAGAUUAACCAACAUGGUUUUAGACAAAAAUUUAAAUUAAAGGCUCCUUUCAAGUACGACAAUCCAAACCCAUAUAGGGCUUUGGAUAAGGCUCAAAGGAAAAUUCUUGCUAUGGAAGAUGAAUUGCAAACACUGUCACAAUCAGCUGCUCUAUUUGAAGUUUUAGUUCCUGAUUGCAAACAGCUGAAAGCUUGCCGCAGAGAAAUAGUAUUGUUGAAGGAUCUGUGGGAUAUGGCUAUUCUUGUCAGUUUAACAAUUGAUGAUUGGAAGACAACCAAGUGGAAAAGCAUUAGUGUGGAGAAUAUGGAUUCAGAUUGCAAGAAAUUUGUUAAAGACAUAAGAACAAUGGAUAAAGAGAUAAGGGCAUGGGAUGUUUAUUCUGGAUUAGACAAUUUAAUUAAGAACACAAUGACUUCACUGAAAGCUGUAAGUGAGUUGCAGAACCCAGCUAUAAGAGAUCGUCACUGGCAACAACUCAUGCAGGCAACUAAGGUCAAUUUUGUAAUGUCAGAGGAAACAACUCUUGCGGACUUAUUGAGUCUGCAGUUACACAACUUUGAAGAUGAAGUGCGCAAUAUUGUAGACAAGUCUGUGAAAGAGUCUGGAAUGGAGAAGGUGUUGAAUCAGCUGGAUAACAUUUGGAGCAUCAUGGAAUUCGAACAUGAACAUCAUCCCCGGACAGGAAUUAUGUUGUUGAAAGGAAAUGACGAUCUUGUAGAGACAUUGGAGGACAAUCAAGUUCAGUUACAGAACCUGAUAUCAUCUAAAUUCAUUGCAUAUUUCCUUAAACAGGUCUCCAGCUGGCAGAAUAAGUUGUCCACUGCAGACUCUGUCAUUGGCAUCUGGUUUGAAGUACAGAGAACUUGGGUGCACCUUGAGAGUAUUUUUAUUGGUUCUGAAGACAUCCGUACUCAGCUGCCUGAGGAUUCCAAGCGUUUUGAGGCCAUUGAUAGUGAUUUUAAAGAAAUCAUGGCAGAUGCAAUAAAGACUCCAAAUGUAAUCGAAGCAACAAAUAAACCUGGUUUGUACAAUAGAUUGGAAGAAAUACAGGGACGUUUGACUCUUUGUGAAAAAGCCUUGGCGGAAUAUCUUGAGACAAAAAGACUGGCUUUCCCUCGGUUCUACUUUGUCUCUUCUGCAGACUUACUCGAUAUAUUAUCGAAUGGUAACAACCCUGUUGAGGUGACCCAACAUUUGGCAAAAUUAUUUGACAGUAUGGCUAAACUGAAGUUCCAAAUGGAUGCUGAUAACCAAUUGAUGAAAAUUGGAAUUGGCAUGUAUAGUAAAGAAAAUGAAUAUAUGCCUUUUGAUAAACCAUGUGAUUGCACUGGUCAGGUUGAAAUUUGGUUAAAUCGGCUAUUAGACAGAAUGCGUGCCACAUUGCGUCAAGAAAUUGCAGAAGCUGUAAUGGCUUAUGAAGAAAAGCCAAGAGAACAAUGGAUAUUUGAAUACCCUGCACAGGUUGCUCUGACUGGUACACAAAUUAUUUGGAAUGGUGAAGUUAGCAGCACAUUUGGAAAACUGGAAGAAGGUUAUGAAAAUGCCAUGAAAGACUACCUAAAAAAACAGAUUAGUCAACUGAAUGCACUUAUCACUUUACUGAUUGGCAGCUUGACAGCAGGAGACAGGCAAAAGAUCAUGACAAUUUGUACAAUAGAGGUGCAUGCUCGAGAUGUUAUAAACAAAAUGAUUAUAACUAAGGUGGAGAAUAUCCAGGCAUUUACUUGGCAAUCUCAGUUGAGACAUCGCUGGGAUGAUGAGAAGCACCACUGUUUUGCUAAUAUUUGUGAUGCACAAUUCAGAUAUUCUUAUGAGUAUCUAGGCAACACUCCUCGAUUGGUCAUUACUCCACUUACAGAUCGGUGCUAUAUUACAUUAACACAGUCACUGCAUCUGAUUAUGGGUGGUGCACCAGCAGGUCCAGCAGGAACAGGAAAAACGGAGACAACUAAAGAUUUGGGAAGAGCUUUAGGAACUAUGGUAUAUGUUUUCAACUGCUCAGAACAAAUGGAUUAUAAGUCCUGUGGGAAUAUCUACAAAGGUCUGGCACAAAGUGGAGCCUGGGGCUGUUUUGAUGAAUUCAACAGGAUCUCUGUGGAAGUUCUGUCAGUGAUUGCAGUGCAGGUAAAAUGUGUUCAAGAUGCAAUACGUGACAAAAAGGAAAGAUUUAAUUUUUUGGGAGAAAAUAUUGUUCUCGUCCCUUCAGUUGGGAUUUUCAUUACCAUGAAUCCUGGUUAUGCAGGACGUACAGAGCUGCCAGAAAAUCUGAAAGCAUUAUUCCGACCCUGUGCUAUGGUUGUGCCUGACUUUGAACUGAUCUGUGAAAUCAUGUUGGUUGCUGAAGGUUUCAUUGAUGCCAGACUUCUUGCCAGAAAAUUCAUUACACUUUACACACUCUGUAAAGAGCUUCUUUCUAAACAGGACCACUAUGAUUGGGGAUUACGGGCUAUCAAGUCUGUGCUGGUUGUGGCUGGCUCUUUGAAAAGAGGAGAUCCAAAUCGUCCAGAAGACCAGGUCCUUAUGAGAGCCUUGAGAGAUUUUAAUAUUCCUAAAAUAGUAACAGAUGAUUUACCUGUUUUUAUGGGACUUAUAGGAGAUCUAUUCCCAGCAUUAGAUGUGCCAAGAAAGAGAGAUUUAGAAUUCGAACAGAUUGUUAGGCAGUCAAUUCUGGAACUUCAUCUACAACCUGAAGAUAACUUUGUCCUGAAAAUAAUUCAGCUGGAGGAAAUACUUCAAGUACGUCACUCAGUUUUCAUAGUUGGCAAUGCUGGAAGUGGAAAAUCGCAGGUAAUGCGAUCCUUGAAAACGACUUACCUGAACCUGAAACGAAAAGCCAUCAGCAUUGAUCUUGAUCCUAAAGCUGUAACCUGUGAUGAAUUGUUUGGGGUUAUUAGCCCAGCAACAAGGGAAUGGAAAGAUGGACUCUUUUCAACCAUAAUGCGUGACCUGGCCAAUAUUUCACAUGAUGGACCAAAAUGGAUUGUGUUAGAUGGUGACAUAGACCCAAUGUGGAUUGAAUCUCUUAAUACUGUGAUGGAUGACAACAAGGUGCUAACUCUUGCUAGCAAUGAACGAAUUCCACUGAACCCCACAAUGCGUUUGCUUUUUGAAAUAAGUCACCUGAGAACUGCUACACCAGCUACUGUGUCUCGAGCAGGAAUACUUUACAUCAACCCUGCAGAUCUUGGAUGGAACCCUGUGGUAGCUAGCUGGAUUGAAAGUCGUGAGGUACAGUCGGAAAAGGCAAAUCUUCUGAUACUGUUUGAUAAGUACUUUCCUACCUGUCUUGAAAAGUUACGAACAGGAUUUAAGAAGAUUACCCCACUUCCAGAGAUCACCAUGGUGCAGACAGUUCUUCACCUGAUGGAAUGCCUUUUGACGCCAGCCAAUGCACCUGCUGAUUCUCCCAAGGAACUCUAUGAACUAUAUUUUGUGUUUGCUUGUGUUUGGGGUUUUGGAGGUACAAUGUUUCAGGAUCAGCUUGUGGAUUAUCGUGUUGAAUUCAGCAAAUGGUGGGUGAAUGAGUUUAAAUCUGUCAAGUUCCCAUCCCAAGGGACUGUAUUUGACUAUUACAUUGAUUCAGAAACAAAGAGGUUCAUAUCUUGGUCAGAAAAAGUGCCUGCAUUUGAAUUGGAUUCUGAUUCUCCACUUCAGGCUGCCCUUGUACAUACAACAGAGACAAUUCGCUUACGCUACUUCAUUGAUCUAAUGAUCGAGAUGGGUCGGCCAGUAAUGUUAGCAGGAAAUGCUGGAACAGGAAAAUCUGUACUCAUGGGAGAAAAGCUGAAUGCUCUUAAUAUUGAGGAAUAUGUGAUUCAGGCUGUUCCUUUUAACUUCUACACAAAUUCUGCAAUGUUACAAGCUGUUCUUGAGAAGCAAUUGGAAAAGAAAACAGGAAGAAACUUUGGCCCCCCUGGAACUAAGAGAUUAGUCUAUUUUAUUGAUGACAUGAACAUGCCUGAAGUGGAUAAGUAUGGAACUGUAGCGCCUCACACAUUAAUCAGACAACACUUGGAUCAUGGACACUGGUAUGAUAAGAUCAAGUUGACAUUGAAGGAUAUUCAUAAUUGCCAAUAUGUUGCUUGUAUGAAUCCCACAGCAGGUAGCUUUACAAUUGAUUCUCGGCUUCAGCGCCAUUUUUGUGUCUUCGCUGUGAGUUUCCCAGGACAAGAUGCACUUCACUCCAUAUACAGUGCUAUCCUCCAUCAACACUUAAUGAAUCGGAAUUUUCCAUCACCCGUGAUAAAGUUCCAUUCACAGCUGGUCACCGCAGCCCUUGCUUUGCACCAGAAAAUAACAUCAUUUUACCUGCCAACUGCCAUAAAAUUUCAUUAUAUCUUCAAUCUGAGAGACCUUUCUAAUAUAUUCCAGGGUUUUCUGUUUGCAACAACAGAAUGUGCAAAAACUAAUCAUGACUUAGUUCGACUUCUGUUACAUGAAACCUCCCGAGUUUAUGGUGAUAAAUUAGUUGAUGAAAAUGACAAACAAAACUUUCCGAGACAUCAGCUGCACAUGCUUAAAACGUGCUUUGCGGAUAUGGAUGAGUCCAGUCUUUUUCAAAAACCCAAUAUUUAUUGCCAUUUUGCCACUGGUAUCGGAGAACCUAAGUAUUUGCCUGUGGAUAGCUGGCCAUCUCUGAGUAAACUAUUAGUGGAUGCUCUGGAAAGCUACAAUGAAAUCAAUGCAGCAAUGAAUUUGGUUCUAUUUGAAGAUGCAAUGGCUCACAUCUGUAGGAUAAACCGUAUCUUAGAAUUCCCAAGAGGAAACGCCCUACUUGUAGGAGUUGGAGGCAGUGGAAAGCAGAGCCUUUCUCGGUUAUCAGCAUAUAUUAGUGCUUUAAAUGUUUUCCAGAUCGCACUUAAGAAAGGAUAUUCAGUUGGUGACCUCAAGGUAGAUCUUGCUACUCAGUAUAUCAAUGCUGGAGUAAAGAACUCUGGAACAGUAUUUCUGAUGACCGAUUCCCAGGUGGCAGAAGAGAUGUUUCUUGUACUUAUUAAUGAUCUUUUAGCAUCUGGUGAGAUUCCAGGGUUAUUUCAGGAUGAUGAGUUGGAAAAUAUUAUUGGUGCCAUGAAAAAUGAAGUUAAAUUACUGGGCUUGCAGGACACCAAAGAUAACUGCUGGAAAUUCUUCAUAGAGAGAGUGAGGAGACAACUAAAGGUUGUUCUGUGUUUUUCACCUGUGGGUUCAAUUCUACGGGUACGUGCUCGAAAAUUCCCUGCUUUGGUGAACUGCACAUCAAUAAACUGGUUCCAUGAAUGGCCAGAAGAUGCUUUGAUAUCUGUUAGUAGACGUUUCCUUGCCAACACUGAGGGAAUUGAGGUUGAAGUAAAGAACUCAAUAAGUCAGUUCAUGGCAUUUGUACAUAGAAGUGUCCAAGAGAUAUCAGCAGUCUACCUAGCUACUGAAAGACGCUACAACUACACAACACCCAAAACAUUUUUGGAACAAAUUAAACUUUAUCAAAACCUACUGUCGACCAAAAGGAAAGACUUGAUUGCUAAAAUGGAUCGACUUGAAAAUGGUUUGGCAAAACUUCACAGUACUGCUAGCCAGGUGGAUGAUUUAAAAAGUAAACUUGCUGUACAAGAAGUGGAGCUGCAGCAGAAGAAUGAAGAUGCAGACAAAUUAAUUAAAGUUGUUGGUCAGCAAACGGAGAUCGUUACCAAAAAUAAAAGAAUUGCUGAUGAAGAGGAGAAAAAAGUACAAAUCAUUAAUGAGAAUGUAAGAGAGAAACAGCAAUCUUGUGAAGAAGACUUAGCAAAAGCAGAGCCAGCUUUAGUUGCUGCCCAGGAAGCACUGAAUACAUUAAAUAAGAACAACCUGACAGAGUUGAAAUCUUUUGGCUCCCCGCCAGAUGCUGUAGUUCUUGUGACUGGUGCUGUGAUGAUCCUUUUAGCACCAAGUGGGAAGGUCCCAAAAGACAGGAGCUGGAAAGCUGCCAAAGUUAUGAUGGGUAAAGUGGAUAAUUUUUUAGAUUCACUGAUAAACUAUGACAAGGAACGAAUCCCUGAAUCUUCCCUGAAAGCUUUCCGGCCAAUUCUUGAAAAUCCAAUGUUUGAUGCUGAUUUUGUUCGUACUAAAUCCAUAGCUGCUGCUGGUUUAUGUUCCUGGUGUAUAAACAUUGUGAAAUUUUAUGAGGUGUUCUGUGAGGUGGAACCUAAGAGGAUAGCUCUGGCACAGGCUAAUGCUGAAUUGGCAGCAGCACAGGAGAAACUUGCUGGUAUUACACGUAUGAUUAAUGAACUUGAUGAAAAUUUAGCAAAGUUGACAGCUGAAUUUGAAAAAGCCACUGCAGAAAAACUCAAAUGUCAACAAGAAGCCGAUACUACCAACAGAACCAUUUCACUUGCAAACAGACUUGUCGGAGGUUUGGUAUCAGAGAAGAUCCGCUGGGGUGAAUCUGUUGCACAGUUUAGAGAACAGGAAAAGACAUUGUGUGGUGAUGUGCUCCUUGUUACAGCCUUUGUUUCUUAUGUUGGAUAUUUCACAAAAAAGUACAGGAACGAUCUUAUGAAUAAUUACUGGAUGCCCUUCCUGGAAAAGCUUGAGGUGCCAAUUCCAAUUACUGAAAACUUAGAUCCACUUUCUCUUCUGACUGAUGAUGUUGACAUUGCUGCAUGGAAUACAGGAUUGCCAAGUGAUCGGACAUCAUCAGAAAAUGCUACAAUUCUCUGUAAUACAGAGCGUUGGCCUUUAAUUAUUGAUGCACAGCUGCAGGGUAUCAAAUGGAUUAAAAGAAAUUGAAGUGAUUUGAAAAUAAUAAGACUUGGACAAAGAGGUUAUCUUGACAGCAUUGAGAAUGCUGUAUCCAAUGGGGAUACUUUAUUACUUGAAAAUAUUAGUGAGACCGUGGAACCUGUGCUGGACCCUCUCUUGGGAAGAAACACUGUCAAAAAAGGAAAGUAUAUCUACAUUGGUGAUAAAGAAGUUGAAUAUCAUCCCAAAUUCAGAAUGAUACUCCACACCAAAUAUUUUAAUCCUCAUUUCAAACCAGAAAUGCAAGCUCAGUGCACUUUGAUUAAUUUCCUUGUAACAAGAGAUGGCCUAGAAGAUCAGCUACUAGCAUCGGUGGUUGCUAAAGAACGUCCUGACUUAGAACAACUGAAGGCAAACCUUACAACACAACAGAACGAGUUCAAGAUUGUUCUUAAACAAUUAGAAGACUCUCUUCUUGCUCGACUCUCGGAAGCCUCAGGAAAUUUUCUUGGUGAUACAGCUCUGGUAGAGAACUUGGAGACAACCAAACACACUGCUACUGAAAUAGAACGGAAGGUGGCUGAAGCAAAGGUCACGGAGGUUAAAAUAAAUGUGGCAAGAGAAAACUAUAGACCAGCUGCACAGAGAGCAUCCUUACUCUAUUUCAUUAUUGAUGACCUCAACAAGAUCAAUCCUAUUUACCAGUUCUCUCUCAAGGCUUUUCAUGUUGUAUUUGAAAAUGCUAUUCACCGCUCAGUACCAGCAGAUGAUGUUAAAGACCGUGUCAUCAACCUCACAGAGGAAAUCACUUAUUCAGUUUUUAUUUAUACAACCAGAGGUCUAUUUGAAAGAGAUAAACUCAUCUUUACAGCUCAAGUUGCUUUUCAGGUUUUUUUAAUGAAAAAGGAAAUAAACCCACUACACCUGGACUUUUUGCUGCGAUUCCCAUUUAAGGCUGGAGCUACAAGUCCUGUUGAUUUUCUUUCACAUCAAGGAUGGGGGGGAAUCUUGGUCUUGGCAGAAAUGGAACAGUUUAAGAAUCUGGACAGUGACAUAGAAGGUUCAGCCAAUCGCUGGAAAAAAAUUGUGGAGUCAGAGGCUCCGGAGAAGGAAAAAUUGCCACAAGAAUGGAAAAAUAAAGGGGCAAUGGAGAAACUGUGCAUGAUGCGGUGUAUGAGGCCUGACCGAAUGACAUACGCUGUUAGUGGCUACGUGGAGGAAAAGUUUGGAGCUAAAUACGUGGAGGGUCGGAGUAUGGAAUUUGCAAAAUCAUAUGAAGAAAGUAGUCCUUCCACUCCGAUAUUCUUUAUUCUUUCACCAGGAGUUGAUCCACUAAAGGAGGUAGAGGCACUAGGCAAGAAGUUGGGCUUUACCAUUGACAAUGGCAAAUUUCAUAAUGUAUCAUUGGGGCAAGGUCAAGAGAUAGUGGCAGAGCAAGCUUUGGAUGUGGCAGCUGUAAAUGGACACUGGGUUAUUCUGCAGAACAUUCAUCUAGUAGCUAAAUGGCUGAGUACACUGGAUAAGAAAGUGGAACGAUAUAGUACAGGCAGUCACGCAGAUUAUCGUGUUUUUAUGACUGCUGAGCCAGCUGCAAGUCCUGAGGCACAUAAUAUUCCCCAGGGAUUACUGGAAAAUUCCAUUAAAAUCACUAAUGAACCCCCCACUGGCAUGUAUGCCAACCUGCAUAAAGCUUUGGAUUUGUUUAAUCAGGACACCUUGGAGAUGUGCUCCAAAGAAUCUGAAUUUAAGUGCAUCCUUUUUGCACUCUGUUAUUUUCAUGCUGUGGUUGCUGAGAGGCGAAAGUUUGGAGCACAAGGAUGGAAUAGAUCCUAUCCUUUUAACAAUGGGGAUCUUACAAUUUCUGUUUAUGUACUGUUCAACUACUUAGAAGCCAAUCCAAAGGUUCCCUGGGAUGACUUGCGCUAUCUCUUCGGUGAAAUAAUGUAUGGAGGCCAUAUCACCGAUGACUGGGAUCGUAAACUAUGCCGUACCUAUCUGGAGGAAUUUAUAAGAAAUGAAAUGCUGGAUGGAGACCUUUUGCUUGCACCAGGCUUUCCUAUCCCACCCAAUACUGAUUACAAGGGCUAUCAUGACUACGUGAAUGAGGUAUUGCCUCCUGAGAGUCCAUACUUGUACGGUUUACACCCAAAUGCAGAAAUAGGAUUCCUAACGGUCAUCUCUGAAAAGUUGUUUCGCACUGUUCUUGAGUUGCAACCUAAGGAAUCAGCUGGCGAUAGCAGCACUGGAGUAACCAGGGAGGAAAAGGUUAAGGGAAUUCUGGAUGAAAUCCUGGAAAAACUGCCAGAAGCUUUUAACAUGCAGGAGAUCAUGGGUAAAGUACAAGACAGGACGCCUUAUGUUGUUGUGGCCUUCCAGGAAUGUGAAAGAACAAACAUACUGACUGCAGAGCUGAAACGAUCUUUGAAAGAACUAAAUCUUGGUCUAAAGGGUGAACUGACUAUAACAGCUGAUAUGGAAAGUAUUUCAAAUUCCUUAUUCUUUGACACAGUUCCAGAAACAUGGGCAAAUCUUGCUUAUCCUUCACUUUUGAACUUAGCUGCAUGGUUUACUGAUUUCCUUCUUCGCAUCAGGGAUUUGGAAGCGUGGAGCACGGAUUUUGCUCUGCCUAAUGCAGUGUGGCUUGGUGGUUUAUUCAAUCCUCAAUCCUUCCUCACAGCUAUAAUGCAAUCUAUGGCUAGAAAAAAUGAAUGGCCACUGGAUAAAAUGUGUCUAGCAGUGGAAGUUACAAAAAAAAACAAAGAAGACAUGACAAGUGCUCCUAGAGAAGGAGCUUACAUCCAUGGGCUGUACAUGGAAGGUGCACGUUGGGAUAAGAACAGUGGAGUCCUUGCUGACGCACGACUGAAGGAACUUACGCCAGCGAUGCCAGUUGCCUUUAUCAAAGCCAUUCCAGUCGAUCGUCAAGAAACAAAAAAUAUUUACGAAUGCCCAGUGUAUAAAACCCGUACCCGAGGUCCGACUUAUGUCUGGACUUUUAAUCUGAAAACAAAAGAGAAACGAGCUAAAUGGAUCCUUGCAGGUGUUGCAGUUUUACUACAAGUUUAA